UCCGCCCCCCACCAGCCGUCGGCGGAGAAGGUGGCCGAGCGCAAGUGCGGCGACGUCCGCGAGCAGUACGGCAUCCAGCGGGUGGAGGCCAUGUUCCACACCCUGGACCGCAUCAACGCCGACCAACAGCUGCUUCCCAACAUCAGCUUGGGCUGCGAGAUCCGCGACUCGUGCUGGCACUCUUCCGUGGCUCUGGAGCAAAGCAUCGAGUUCAUCCGUGACUCGCUCAUCUCCAUCCGGGACGACAAGGAUGGCUCCAAGUGGUGCGUGGACAGCCAGUCCCACUCCAGCCAGCCGCCGCCCACCAAGAAGCCCAUCGCCGGCGUGAUCGGGCCGGGCUCCAGCUCGGUGGCCAUCCAGGUGCAGAACCUGCUGCAGCUCUUCAACAUCCCGCAGAUCGCCUACUCGGCGACCAGCAUCGACCUCAGCGACAAGACGCUGUUCAAGUACUUCCUGCGGGUGGUGCCGUCCGACACCCUCCAGGCUCGGGCCAUGCUGGAUAUCGUGCAGCGCUACAACUGGACCUACGUGUCUGCCGUGCACACGGAAGGGAACUACGGCGAGAGCGGCAUGGAGGCCUUCAAGGAGCUGGCCUCCCAGGAGGGCUUGUGCAUCGCCCACUCGGACAAGAUCUACAGCAACGCUGGCGAGAAGCAGUUUGACCGCCUCCUGAGAAAGCUGCGCGAGCGCUUGCCCAAAGCGCGCGUGGUGGUGUGCUUCUGCGAGGGCAUGACCGUACGCGGCCUCCUCAUGGCCAUGCGGCGCUUGGGCGUGUAUGACGAGUUCCUUCUGGUCGGCAGCGACGGGUGGGCUGACCGCGACGAGGUGGUUGAGGGCUACGAGCAGGAAGCCAAGGGCGGCAUCACCAUGAAGCUUCAGUCCGCGGUGGUCAAGACCUUCGACGACUACUACCUGAAGCUGCGACUGGACACCAACACCAGGAACCCCUGGUUCGCCGAGUUCUGGCAGUACCGCUUCCAGUGCCGUCUGCCCGGCCAUCCUCAGGAGAACAAGAACUACAAAAAAAUCUGCUCCGGAAACGAGAGCCUGCACGAAAAUUACGUUCAGGAUAGCAAAAUGGGCUUCGUCAUCAACGCGAUCUACGCCAUGGCCCACGGCCUCCACGACAUGCACAGGGAGCUGUGCCCGGGCCAGACGGGGCUGUGCGAGGCCAUGGACCCCAUCGACGGCAGCAAGCUUCUCGACUACCUGCUCAAGACGUCCUUCAGGGGGGUCUCCGGCGAGGACAUCUACUUCGACCAAAACGGAGACACCCCUGGACGGUACGACAUUAUGAAUCUGCAGAACGUGGAGGACGGCCACUACGACUACAUUAACGUGGGCUCCUGGCACGAGGGGAUCCUGAGCAUCGACGACAACAAACUGUGGAUGAACAGCAGUGACAUGGUGCGCUCAGUCUGCAGCGACCCCUGCUCGAAAGGACAGAUCAAGGUGAUCAGGAAGGGCGAAGUCAGCUGCUGCUGGAUCUGCACCACCUGUAAGGAAAAUGAGAUCGUCCUGGAUGAGUUCACAUGCAAGGCUUGCGAACUGGGAUGGUGGCCCGCAGACGACUUGGCAGGUUGCCAGCCGCUGCCUCUGAAGUAUCUGGACUGGGCAGAUGUGGAAUCCAUGGUGGCAGUGGCGUUCUCCUGCGUGGGCAUCCUCAUCACCUCCUUCGUCACCUUCAUCUUCAUCCAGUACCGCGACACCCCCGUGGUCAAAUCGUCCAGCCGAGAGCUGUGCUACAUCAUCCUGGCGGGCAUCUUCCUGGGCUACAUCUGCCCGUUCACCCUCAUCGCCCGGCCCACCGUUCCCUCCUGCUACCUGCAGCGCCUCCUGGUGGGCCUGUCGUCGGCCAUGUGCUAUUCGGCGCUGGUGACCAAGACCAACCGCAUCGCUCGCAUCCUGGCGGGCAGCAAGAAGAAGAUCUGCACCCGCAAGCCGCGCUUCAUGAGCGCCUGGGCGCAGGUCAUCAUCGCCUUCAUGCUGAUUAGCGUGCAGCUCACUCUGGAGGUCACGCUCAUCAUCCUGGAGCCGCCCGAACCGGUCAAGUCGUACCCCAGCAUCCGCGAGGUCUACCUCAUCUGCAAUACCAGCAACCUGGGCAUGGUGGCGCCGCUGGGCUACAACGGCCUGCUCAUUAUGAGCUGCACCUACUACGCCUUCAAGACGCGCAAUGUCCCGGCCAAUUUCAACGAGGCCAAAUACAUCGCCUUCACCAUGUACACCACCUGCAUCAUCUGGCUGGCUUUCGUGCCCAUUUACUUCGGCUCCAACUACAAAAUCAUCACCACCUCCUUCUCCGUCAGCCUCAGCGUCACCGUGGCGCUGGGCUGCAUGUUCACGCCCAAGAUGUACAUUAUCAUCGCCAAACCCGAGAGGAACGUCCGAAGCGCCUUCACCACGUCCGACGUGGUGCGAAUGCACGUCGGGGACGGCAAGGCGGCCGCGGCGUGCGGGACCAACAGCUUCUUCAACAUGUUCCGCAGGAAGAAGGCCAUCUCCGGCAACGCCAAUUCUAACGGCAAGUCUGUGUCAUGGUCUGAAUCAGGUGCAAGACACCCUCCAAGCGGGGGCAAUGUGUGGCACAGACUGUCUGUGCAUGUGAGGAAACAGGAAGCCGGCCUGAAUCAGACGGCGGUCAUCAGGCCCCUAACUAACCCCCCCGACCCCCACAGUUGUCAGCCCCCCGCCGCCACCGCCGCCCGCGACCUUGGCACAGACCCCCGCCCGCCCCCGCAAGAGCCACCGCCAGGCGACGACAAGCGCCAUCCCGGUCCCGUUCCGUACACGGGCCCCUUAGUGGAAACGCACCGCUCGCACGCCCCAGUCCCCCCUGCCGCUGAGCCGUUCAUGGAGCUCACUUUAGCGGCACCCCUCGAGGAGGGGGCGACCCCGGAGGAGCAGCUGGACCUUUUGCAUGAUUACAUUUAUGACGCCAAGGACGAGGGGGCGGAGGGGCACAAGCUCCCCCUGGAGGACACCCUGGCUCUGUCCCCACCGUCCCCCUUCAGAGACUCGGUGUGUUCGGAGGAUUCCGCCCCAGGGUCCCCUUCCAUGGAGUUUUUUCUGGGGGGUCCCCACUACACCGCCCAAGCCCUCCGAGACUUUGCACACAGCUCCUCGACACUGUGAGAGCAAAAAAAAAAAAAAAAAGAGAAAAUGGUGCACAACAUUUGACAAGCUUUGAUUACUCCUACUUCUUUGUUUAUUGAUACGGCCAUUUUGCUUGCUUCUAUUUGUCAUGAGGCUUACGUGAAUGUCACACGUCGAAGAACAUGGUUGGGUUUGGAAUCGCUCCUCAUUCACUUUGCACUCAAUAAGUAAGUCUCAAACUUUUUUACAGAUACAAAUAAUUCCACAAUCGCGAUCAACGUUAAAAUAGAGUCGCAUAGUAGGCCUAUGUGUUUCGGGUGAAGCCACAAACACAGUUAGCACAAUUUGAACAUUUGCAUUUUGCUUAACUAUAGGGAACAAAAAAAAUAAUUAUUUUUAAAAAAUAGAAUAAAAAAUGUACCUCAAACACACCGUUCCGAACGAUUAAACCCAAAUGUAUUGUGCUUAAAAGUUAAACACAACCGAACUGAAGGCUGCUAUUCUAUUCAUGUGCCACAAGAGGGAGCCCACAUCCCAGCUGACUUUGAGAAUCGCCGACAUACAUCCUGAAGUGUUAUGGGAGUAACGGCUGAAUAAACGAAUCCAAACACAGCCCGUGUCCGAAGGGCUGUCGGCAAACAACAUCAACAGUGCCAAAACUCUUAAUGCUUGUCAUGCCAAAUUCCCACCAGGUACUGUGCAAAAGUAUUGGGCCACCUCCCCACAGCAACAAUUUCUUAUCCAAAUCUUAAAUUUAAGCUUUACAGAUGACACCGCUGCCUUAGAGGCGCUGUAUGUUUUUAUUCAGACAACUUAGUGAUAUCCACCUUUUCUACAUUUUUUAUUUUCAAUUCACGAGGGGAAUAAGAAGACGUCUGUUUGCAGUGUGCUGUUUAUUUAUUCAAGUGGACACUGAUUAACUGAGGCAUGGCUUCUACUAGAGCGGAAAGCAUCCUUUGAGGAAAUACACUUUAGGUGGUCAUCAUCCUAUCCAUUUUCUAUAUUCCUAUGGUAGCUGAAGCCGAUUUUCUCUUUCAACUCCAUCUCAAAUGUCGGCUUUACAGGCGCCAUGUCUGGACUGAUGGCAGUUUUUGAUGUAAUAAUGACAUAUUAUUUUCAGUCCUGACUGGGGCGGUUGUCUUUUAAAUGCCGUAUUUAUUUAUUGUAUCCACCCUCCAAUUAACUGAGGCAUGGUGUCUAUGAGACCACUAUUUGAGGAAAAUGGCAUACAUGGUCACGAUCCAUCUGUUUUCUGGAGCUGAGUCCCGAAGAAGCGAUUUGAAAUGUGGCAUUUAUUUAUUCUAUUUUGCAAUUCAUUCAGCAUCUGCCAGAGUGGAAAUCACCAAUUAGUGAAAUAGGGUAUGCACUGUAUCUUGACGACGGCCUUGCUGAAACAUCCCAAUCGAGUGGUGACCUCAGACUUUUGAACCGUACUUAAAGCAAAUCAUUGCCAAACAAAAAAAAAAGUAAUACACGCAACAUAAAAGUUAAAAAAACAAAACAGCACAAUGCAAUUGAAAUGUGCACUUUUUUUUUGCCUUUUUUAAUUCACCUUAGCUAUCACAUCCGGCCUCAUUUAAAAAUACAAAGAGCUGAUUUUUUUUUUUUCUUAAAGAAGUACAGUAAGCUGCUUGAUUUUCUGCAAGGCGUGAUUGGCAUCAACACAACCACUAGCCUCUUUCUGUGCACUGCAGGUGGACAUAAGAUGUGCCAAUGUGAAUUGCGGGAAGAAAUUUGCUUUCGACACGAGGCUACUUUUUUCUUUUCUGCUGUGUCGUGGUAAGAAGGCAAAAAAAAAGAAGAAAAAACUCACACAGUACUCGUCGUAUUUGUAAUACUGUUAUGCCAUCUCUUGUUUUUUCACACAGGUGGUAUGUUUGUAAUACAGAUACAUGUUUCUAUACUUAGAAUGUCCAGUCUUAAAAAAAAAAAAAAAAAAAGGAAAACCAAAAAAAAAAUAGAAACCAGAAUUUAUACGAUUGCUUUUGAACUUUUAAGCUAACUUGUAUCCUUUCAGUCAAGUACCUGCAAUGGC